CUCUGACAACAUUACUCUGUCCAUCACCCUAUGAGACCACAUGAACUCGGAUACAUGUUUGGUUUCUGGUUAGUUUAUGACAGUGACUAAUCCUCAUUUGGCUCUUUCUUCAGUAUCAGGGGCUAUCCUGCAAAGGUUUAAUUUAGGACUGGGAUAUUCUCCUAAACACUGAUGAUGGGGCUGUGGUCCAAAUCCAUGGUUUUGCUCUCUCUGGUGUUGCAGCAGCUAGCUCUUACUGUCAACGCUCAGGGUAUCGUCUAUGACCUGCUGGUGUCUCCAGAUUGCCUGCCAGACCUGCUCCAAGGCAGCCUGAAGAAUAAAGGGCGGGAUGAAGCUUUCCUCCUCUCCUCCUUCAGAAUCACAAACAAGGCACCCACCUCCCUCUUCACUGUCACCAGUCCCAAAGAUAACACCAAGUACCUGGAGCUCAGCGUGCAGGCCAAGCUCAACAAGGUCACUUUGCGUUACCAGAAGACCGACGGCAGAUUUGGGACCACCAGUUUUAACCAUGCCUCCCUGGCAGAUGGUAGAGAGCACCACGUGAUGAUGCAUGCCACUGGCCUCCAACAUGGCCCACCUCGCCUUAACAUAUAUAUAGACUGUAUGUUGGCACACUCUUUGAAUGAACUGCCUGCUGCAUUUGGGUCUCUGCCACCUGGUCCAAACAAAGUGGCACUGAGGACCUUGCAGCCAACUGGACAGUCUGAAUUGACUGACUUGAAGCUGGUGAUCGAGGACACUAUAGACAAUGUGGCCACUCUUCAGGACUGCAGCAUGGAGCAAAGCGGAUCUCUUCAGCUCCUAGGUAUCCAGAGAAGCAAUGCAGUACAGGAUCAGGUUUCCAUGCUGGAGCUAAAGAAGCUGCUAUCCGAGAUGAAGGAGCUGCUCAACCAGCAGAUCAAGGAGACCACCUUUUUGAGGAAUACCAUCUCAGAGUGCUUAGCCUGUGGUCUCAAUGGCAGUCCAACUAGCACAGCCACAGAAGACCUCCGCCCUAGGCCUCUGACUCAGUGUGGUCCUCAGACCUGUUUCAGACAGGACAUGUGCAUCCCUUCGGAGACAGGGGGAUUUCAGUGUGCUCCCUGUCCUGAGGGAUAUACUGGAGAUGGUGUGCAGUGUGACGACGUAGACGAGUGCCAGUUCAAUCCCUGCUUCCCCGGUGUGCGGUGUGUGAACACUGCUCCUGGUUUCCGGUGUGAGAGUUGUCCGCUUGGAUUCAUCGGACCAGAGCUCAAUGGAGUUGGGGUGGCCUUUGCCACAUCACACAAACAGACAUGUGAGGACAUAGACGAGUGUCUGGGACCACCUGACAAUGGAGGUUGCACUGCCAACUCUCACUGCCACAACACUGUGGGCUCAUUCCAUUGUGGGGGGUGUAAGACUGGCUUCACUGGGGAUCAAGUGAUGGGCUGCCAGGGUCAGAGGCUGUGCACCAAUGGCCAAGCCAACCCCUGUGACCCCAACGCAGAAUGUAUAGUGGAGAGAGACGGCAGCAUUAGCUGUGUGUGUGGCAUCGGCUGGGCAGGCAAUGGCUAUUUGUGUGGGCCAGACACAGAUAUCGAUGCAUAUCCUGACAUCAAUCUCAAAUGCGACGGCAACAGCUGCAAUAAGGACAACUGUGUGUUUGUGCCUAACUCUGGCCAAGAGGAUGCAGACAGGGAUGGAUUAGGCGACGCAUGUGAUGAUGAUGCAGACAGUGACGGCAUUAUUAACAUAGAGGAUAACUGCUGGUUGGUCCCUAAUUUAGACCAGACUAACAGUGACAAGGAUCUCCAUGGUGAUGCCUGUGACAACUGCAAGCUGAUAGAAAACCCCAAGCAGAGGGACACUGACAACGAUGGGCUGGGAGAUGAAUGUGACGAUGACAUGGAUGGAGAUGGCCUGAAAAAUAUCCUCGACAACUGCCCGCGUGUGCCAAAUCUAGACCAGAUGGACAGAGAUAACGAUGGGGUGGGAGAUGCCUGUGAUAGCUGCCCUGACAUGGUCAACCCUAACCAGUCUGACUCUGAUGACGACCUGGUAGGAGACACCUGUGAUGACAACAUAGACAGUGAUGGGGACGGACACCAGAACACAAAGGACAACUGCCCCACGGUCAUCAACUCUUCUCAGUUGGACACCGACAAGGAUGGAAAGGGCGAUGAAUGUGACGAUGAUGACGACAAUGAUGGCAUUCUGGACACCACCGACAACUGCAGAUUAGUCAUCAAUCCAGACCAGAAGGACGAAGAUAAUGAUGGCAUUGGAGACAUAUGUACUGAUGACUUUGAUGAUGACAAGGUGAUUGACAGAAUAGACAGCUGUCCAGAGAACGCUGAGAUCACCCUGACUGACUUCAGAGCCUAUCAGACAGUGGUGUUGGACCCAGAAGGCGAUGCGCAAAUAGACCCCAACUGGGUCGUCCUCAACCAGGGUAUGGAGAUAGUUCAGACCAUGAACUCCGACCCUGGUCUUGCUGUAGGCUACACAGCGUUUAGCGGGGUCGACUUUGAGGGGACCUUCCAUGUGAAUACGGUGACCGAUGAUGACUACACUGGCUUCAUCUUUGGCUACCAGGACUCCUCCUCCUUCUAUGUGGUGAUGUGGAAGCAGACUGAGCAGACCUACUGGCAGGCCGUACCCUUCAGAGCCGUCGCCGAGCCUGGAAUACAACUGAAGGCAGUAAAGUCUAACACAGGUCCCGGGGAGUAUCUGAGGAUCCUAUGGCACACUGGAGACACCUCAGACCAAGUUCGUCUACUGUGGAAGGACCCUAGGAAUGUUGGCUGGAAGGACAAGGUCUCCUAUCGCUGGUACCUCCAACACAGACCUCAGGUUGGAUACAUCAGGGCACGGUUUUAUGAAGGUUCGACCUUGGUAGCAGACUCCGGGGUGAUAACUGAUACCAGCAUGAGGGGAGGGAGACUGGGCGUUUUCUGCUUCUCUCAGGAGAACAUCAUCUGGUCCAAUCUGAAGUACCGUUGUAAUGACACAAUUCCUGCUGACUACCAGGAUUUCGCCGCCCAGAACAUCGGCUGAACCCAUGUUCCCAUGGAGUAAAGACAUAAAUAGGAAGUAGGGAUGUGGGAGAGUGAUCAAUGGAGAGGGCACUAACCUUAACUGAAAGAACAAAGGAGGAGAGGAGGUGACAGGCAGAAGAGGCAGAGAAAUGUAUGGGACAAGCUUUAAGGAGAUGAACAUGGGAAACAAAACCGAGGAAUGACUUGACGAAGUAAAUGGCCUUUGUUGGUUUCCUUACGUCAUCAGUCUAUGGACAGAUAUGCAGAGAGCAGCAGUAAAGCAGAUUCCUAAGGGGCACAUUCUUCGGGCAUUAUAUUCUACCCCUGAAUUCAGCAUGCCUGAAGCCAGUACAUUGUAUACAUGUACAUGUGUAUGCAACUUUCUUAGCACCUUUCAUUACAUAUGCAUCUUUUAUGAAGAUAUGUAACUUUUUUUCAUACUUGUGAUAUUCUUUCUAAAUAAUAAAUACUGGGAGCAUUUGGUGAAA